AGCUCUUCCGUUGAGUUUGGUUUUUGCAAUUCGAGUUGCUUCAAGUGUUGUUUCGGUUUAUCACGAUGUGUUGAUAUCGAUUGAGCUUGAUCUGUGAUUGCUAUUGUGAUGGAUUUAUAUUCAUCGUUUGCUGGUUUUGAUGAGCUUAUUGCUCCACCAGUAGAGAUUAUUAUCGAUGAUAAUCUACUAGGUGAACAUCCAUGGUUGAAAUUGAUGAUCGAGUCGGUGUUCCUAUACGGAUCUCUUCCACGGCCACCAGAUCUACAAUCUCCUAUGGGGGAGUUUUCACCUUCAUAUCCAAUCUGCAAACUUCUGAACUCUUCCACUAAGGAUACAAAAUCGAGGACGUUUACAUUGCACAACUUAGUCUUCCUUGUGCUGUUGCAACAGAGUUUUCAUCCACUCUCGUUACAAAGACAGAGUCAAGACUAUGAUUUUAUUCGACAGACCAUUGUGAUUCAUUCCGGUUGGUUUGGAUCCCUACUUGAGUUCCUUUAUGGCUCAUUACCAAGACCACCUGACGUUCUUUACGUUUUCAGUCCAAAGCCUACAAUUCUCAUGGUUGUUCAAGUCCAAGAUGAAAGUUCCUUGAUACUUUCAUCUUGAGGGGGAGUAUUAGAGUGUACAUAGAUCCGGUUUAGUUAUGGUUUAUAGGAUCUUGUUUGGUUUAGUUAGCAUAGUGGUUAAUCUUUAUUAUCUUCACUUGUAUUUAAGCUUUCUCUUGUACAUCUUUUACAAUUGAAUGAAGCAUAAUCAUAAUU